CGUUAUUGAAAAAGAAAUUGAAAAAAACAACUACAUCAGCAAUGACAUUGACAGAAAAAGAUAAGGAAAUUAUUCAAAAAACAUGGGCAUUAGUUCGUGUAGAUUCUAUACAAGCUGGAAUCGAAUUAUUUCGAAGAUUUUUCGAAGCAAAUCCUGAUUAUGUAAAAGUAUUUCCAUUCGAUGAUCUUGAAGAUCUGGAAGAAAUAUUGAAAAGUUCAAGCUUAAAAAUGCAUGCCGGUCGUGUAAUGACAGCAUUAUCAUCGAUUGUGGACAAUAUUAAUGAUCCAAUAAUAUUUCAGGAAAAUUUACAAAAAAUUAUUUCCAGCCACGUUGAACGUAAAAUUGAGCUUAAACAAUUUGAAAAUCUUAAAAUGGCUUUAGUAAGAUUAUUAAUCGAUAAAUUGGGCGAUGAUAUUAUGAAUGAUGAAGCAAAAGAAGCCUGGUCUAAAGCAUAUGAUAUUAUUCUGGAUACAUAUCAAAAAAGUAAAGAAAAUUUUCAAUCAUCAUGAUUAUCGGAAAACAUGGAAUAACAAAAAAUAAUUAUAAUUUAAUUUGCUAUAUACCUUUUGUCUGUAAACAUUCUGUGUUUCAAAAAAAAAUUUUUUUGAUUCAUAACUAAAUUGUAACCAUAAUUAUUAUCUAACAAAACACCAAAAUCGUUUAUUUAGAAAUCAUAAUCAUAAUCAUUUUUUUCAAUUGUCAACAUGAAACCAAAAAAACAAACAAAAAUC